AGGUAACUACAUAUUCUGCUGCUGAAACAAAGUAAGAUUAUGGCAGCAUCAGCAUAUGGAACUGCAUCUGAACUCAGGAUUGUGAUAUUUGGAAAAAGUCAAUUUGAAAAGAUAACUUUAAGCAACUUGAUCACAGGGAAAAAGGAUUCUCGUGAUAUAACAAUAUCCAAGAAAUCUAUUGCCCAAGGACAGUGGAGGAAAAUACCCAUAACCGUAGUGAAAACCUCCGACAUCUUCAGUGUUCCUGUGGAAAAAGUCAGACACGAGAUGAAGAUGUGUGUGGCCCGUGUCCCCCCUGGGCCAAAUGUUUUCCUCCUGUUAGUGAAGCCUUCAGAUUUCACAGAGGAAAACAGACAAAGGCUGAAGUUCAUCUUGAGUUUGUUUGGUCCACAUGCGCUUAAAUACUCAAUGGUCAUCAUAACACAAAAAGAUGAAGAAAAGAAUACUGCAGUAGAACAAAUUAUUCAAGAGUGCGGACAAAGACUGCAUAAGUUAAACUCUGACAAAAAAGAGUGUCUUGACUUUGAUCAGGAAACCAUGAUGGAAAUGAUGAAUCAAAUUGUGACUGAAAACAGGGGCGGACAUCUAAAUUUUUCUGAAAACCCUGAUCCAACUGAAGCACUUGAAAGUCCAAAAUCAAGGCUUCCACUUAAUUCGGCACUGUGUGAGAGAUCUGUUGUUGGGAUGGAACCUGAGCAUCCAAAACCAAAAUCUCUUGUGAAUUUAGGACUAAGUAAGAGACCUCAAGUUGGUGUUGAACAACCUCAAAGGCCACAUCUAAAACCUCCUUUAAACUCAGUACCAUGUGGGAGCUUUGUUGUUGAAGAACCUGAGCAUCCAAAACCAAAACUUCCUUUGAAUUUAGGAAUGACUGAGAGACCUCGAGCUGGUAUGGAAGAACCAGAAUCUCCAAAUAUGAAACCUCUUUUGAAUUUGAAACUGUGUGAGAAAUCUCAAGUUGAUAUAGAAGAACCAGAGUCUUCAAAUACAAAACCUCUUUCAAAUUUGAAACUGUGUGAAAGACCUCAAGUUGGUGUGAAAGAGCCUCAAAGUUUAUAUGUAAAACCUUCUUUAAACUUGGUACUGUGUGGGAGAUUUGGAGUUGGAAAAACUUCAACUGCUAAUGCCAUCCUGGGAGAAAGAAAGUUGAAUUCAUUAGAGUAUGUUAAACAUCAGGCAGAAGUUUAUGGUCGACUGAUUUCAAUGGUGGAGCUACCGGUUCUAUUUGGAAAAUCUCAGGAAGAAGCGAUGAGGGAAGCCUUCAAGAGCAUUUCUCUCUGUGAUCCUGAGGGUGUCCAUGCUUUUAUCCUGGUGCUACCUUUGGAUCCCCUUACCGAUGAAGACAAGGGUGAGUUGGAGACCAUCAAAAAUAUACUAAGCUCUCAAGUCAAAGACUUUACAAUAAUUCUUUUUACUGUGGAGACCAAUCCUACACACCCAGAUGUUGUUAACUUUUUAAAAAGAAACAAAGAGAUCGAAGAGCUCUGUCGGAGUUUUAGUGUCCGAUAUCUUGUCCUCAAUGUCAACAACAGACAGCAGAUCCCCCAGCUACUGGAUGCUGUGGAAGAGAUAAAAAUGGUUUCCAAAAGUUUCAAAAAGGAAACCAUUGCAAAACCUUGUAUGCACAACAGUGCAGAAUGUACAUCACAACUGGAAGAGGCUCCUCACACAUCACAGAGCCUGGAUCAACUCAGGAUUGUGAUGAUUGGGAAAACUGGAAGUGGAAAGAGUGCCACUGCAAACACUAUUUUGGGCAAAAAGUGCUUUCAUUCGAAGGCCAGUAUGAAAUCAGUGACCAGGCUCUGCCAAAAACAAACAGCGGAAAUUGAAGGGCAUCCUGUCAUCGUGGUUGACACGCCUGGUUUAUUUGACACAGCUCUAUCCAGUGAUGAAGUUAAACAGGAACUUGUCAAAUGCAUCACAAUGGUGGCUCCUGGACCUCAUGUGUUCUUACUCGUCCUGCCGAUCGGUCACUUUACAGAGGAAGAAAAACAAACUGUGGAGCUCAUUAAAAACAUUUUUGGCAAGAAUUGCAAUGACUUCAUCAUUGUCAUAUUUACCAGAGGAGAUGAUCUUAAAAACCAAACAAUUGAAAGUUACCUCAACGAAAACAGUGAAGACUUUGUCAAAAAACUGUUAACUGAUUGUGGAGGACAAUACCAUGUCUUAAAUAACAAUGAUCACAGCCGUUUUCAAGUACGUGAGCUGCUGACCAAGAUCGAGUCAAGAGUAAGGAAAAAUGGCGGUGGCUAUUACACCUCAGAGAUGUUCAAAGAGGCAGAGGCAACAAUUCAGAAGGAAAUGGAUAAGAUUAUGAAGAAGGAAGAAGAAAUGCAGAGAUAUAAGAGAGACCUUCAAAGACAACAUGAAGAGGAAAUCAAAGAGAUGAGGCAAAAAACUGAACAGGUAAGAGCUUUAACAGAAAAAGCAUUAGAAGAAAAAAAGGAAUUCAUUAAGAGAGAGGAGGAGAAAAAAAGGGUGGAUGAGGAAAGGGCCCAAAAGGAAAGGGAAAGGAAACAGAGGUAUGAAAUUCAGCAAAAGCAAUGGAAAGAAAAAGAGAAGGAAAUUAAGUCUGGAUCAUUAAAAAAGACAAUUAAGGGUCAAAUAUGGGUACAGAGUUCAAAAGAAAAUGAAAAAGCAAGAGAGGCUUGGAGGAAAGUACAACAACAGUGGCAGGAAACACACUUUAGAGGAUGCCAACAGAGAUCGGAGGAGCAAACACAAUCUAAAAAACUCUGUGAAGAAUAUGAGCAGGAAAAAACAGAACAUGACCUCCAAAAAAAAGAACAAGAUCAACUUCGAGAAGAACAAGAGAAAAAAGAAUGGAGAGAACUGCAACAAAACCUACAAAAGCAAGUCGAGGAAAUGAGGGGAAAAAAUCAAGAGGAAGCCAGAAAGCAAGCAGAGGAGUUCAAUGAUCUUAGACAGAGAUACGCCACUGACUUAAAAGCUGCAGUAGCAGAGUGUGAAAGGGAAAUUGAGAAUAUGAAGCUAAACCAACAGGAAUACAGUAGCUACAUGAUUCAACAACUGUGCCAGAACAAGGCGUAUCAGAAUGACUUUGACCAACUAAAGAAGAGACAAGAAAAAGAAAUGAAUGAGCUCCAGCCAUUUAUUCAAGACCAAAAACAAAUGUACGAGCUACAGAAAACACAUGAGGAAGAAAGAAGCAAGUGGAUCCGGGAACAUGUGCGUAAAUCCAAAGAAGAAGAAAGUUGUAGUAUUUUAUGAAAUGUUUUCAUAUAUUUACUUUGGUGUUGCCCCAUAACUUAUCAAUGUAAUACCAAUAUUUUGGCCAAUUAAGAUACCAAACAUUGGGAGCUGUUUUUGUGAGAUUAAAACCAUUUAUCCUUUACAUGUCGUUUUUAUGUCCAACCACUGACGUUCUAGUUUGUUCCUCAUUCACUUGGUCAUGGGGUUUUAAAAUGACUGUCCAAAAUAAAUGCCUGAUGCCAUUACCGACAGACUACCAAGUGAUAAGACUUGACUAUAGUAGGACCUUCUUACUGUUAUCACUACAAAAUUUUACGUAAUAGGUCUCUUAGACUGCCACUUGGAUGAGUGACAGUUUUCUCCCAAGAAAAAAGAAUUAAUGCUCUAGUUAUCUGUGUGAUUUUUCUAGCUAACAGCGACUGGUGGUUGAGAAGAUAUUUUUAUCUCUUCCUUUAGUAAAAGUACUGAUAUCUCAAUCUGAAAAGACUCCAUUAUAGAUUAUUAUAAUUCCUGUUUUUAAAACUUGACAACUGUGUGAACAUUAACAGCAUAUUUUACAGAAUAUAUGAAAAAUACAACUACUUAUUGUACAAGAAAACCUCUAUCUAUCAUUGUCGAGGUAGUUGCAUAUAAGGCAAUGAGUAUGCUCUAUAAAAUUUAUAACGUGCCUUUCCUGUGAGGCUAUAGCAUUUCAUGAGCUAAAAAACUACCCCUCCAACAUAAGUAAGAAAUCUGUUUUAAAAAAGGAAAGGAAAACUCAAAGUGGUGUGUUUAGCAAAGCUUGUUUACUUCAACAAAUAAGGUCAACAAAGUGUUUCUUGAAGUGUUAAUUUUUUUUAAAAAAAAGGUUGGUGGAGGCUGCAUAUGUUGAACUUGCUUGUUUUAUCAAACCUAGCAUGAAAUUAGCUUAUUGUUCCUUCACCAUAUGUGAACAUUUCCUUGCUAGCAUGCUAAAGAAGUUGCUAUUUCACAUUACUCCACUGCACAAGUGAAAGCGUUGCACAAACUGUUUCCAAGACAUUACUUACCUUAUGAGAUGAUAAAUUGGAGUGUAAUUUACUUUAUGCAUUGUUAAUGCUACUUCUUACAUGUUUAGUUUGCACACACUGCUAGAGCCCACUGCCAGGCAAUUAAACAAUCAGGCGUGUUCAUAGCCAAAUCAAAUUUUACAUGGAACCAGUCAGAACAACUUGCCUUUGUUUUAAGUGACCCAAUGUAAACAAACCACUGUAGAAGUAACAUUGUGAAUUGUUUGUGUGCAAGUAUACAGUGUGGAUAAUAAACACAUAAAA